AAUGCGGUUCAAACGCAAAGAAAGUGAGUGGUUGAGGGUGCAAGGGAGCGAAUUAUGGAAUAAUGAUGGAGGGGAGAAUAAAAUACUACUGGUCCUAAAGUUGAGUUUCGAUCAUCUGCCAUCACAUUUAAAGAGAUGCUUUGCUUUUUGUGCGGUUUUUCCGAAGAAAUUUGAAAUAUGCAAGGAAAAGUUGAUCCAUCAAUGGAUUGCCGGGGGUUUAGCUCAACGUUCUGCUCAUGAUCGGGUGUCCAAACCUGAAGACAUCGGCUCCGACUAUCUCAAUGAUCUGCUAAGGAUGUCUUUUUUGGAAGUGGUGAGUGGAUGUGGUGACAGCAGCACGACAAGGAUUAAAAUGCAUGAUCUUGCUAUAUCAGUUGCUGGUAAUGAAUUCCUCGCUGCAGGGAAGACUGAACAACAAGGGACCUUGGAACAGAGCCACUCCUUGCCAAAAGUGUGUGAUUUCUUCACAACAACUAGACAUGCUGUGGUUGAUUGCAAUUCUUCGUCCGGCCUGAUUCAUAAAGCCUUGUACAGAGCAAAGGGAUUGCGUACCCACAAUUUGUUGUCUCUAGGAGAUGCAUCGGAGAAAGCCAUCAGGAAUUUAAUUUCAAGCUUCAAGUACCUCAGAAUUUUGAAUUUGAGUGGGUUUGGCAUAAAACAUUUGCACAAAUCUGUUGGUGACUUGACAUACCCGAGAUAUCUUGAUCUCUCCAACACUCCAAUUGAAAAAUUACCAGCAUCUAUUUGUAACCUUCAAUUGCAGACACUAGAUUUAUCAAGUUGCUAUAAUCUUCAAAAGUUACCCAAAAAGACGAGAAUAAUGACCAGCCUGAGACAUCUGAAGAUAAAAAACUGUACAAGACUUGCUCGCUUGCCAGGUUUUAUUGGGAGAUUGAGAAAUCUUCAGAGCAUGCCUAUAUUUAUAGCUGGCAAAACAUGGGAGGAAGGCAUAUUGCAGUUACUAGAGCUACAAAAUCUUCCAGGUGAACUGAAAAUAAAACACCUCGAGAAUGUAGAACGUCGCCAUGUUGCAAGAACAUGUUUAAUUUCAGAAGAUCUUCCUGGGAAUAGACGUGACUAUUGUUUGGAAAAUAUGCAACUUAACUCGUUGGGAUUGUCAUGGGGAGAUGCUGAUGAACAUAAGCUGAGUGUUAGCAUGAGGGGACCAAGAAGCCAAACUGGACAUCAUAGUGUUGAAACUGCAAGGAUUUUACUUGAUUCAACAUUGAAGCCAAACUCCAGGAUAAAGAAGUUGUUUGUGAAUGGCUAUCCAGGAACUGAGUUUCCAAAUUGGAUGAACACAGCCGCCCUCUGCAAUCUGAUACAACUUGAGUUAGCCAACUGCACAAAUAGUGAAAGCCUCCCCACGCUUGGGGAAUUGCCGCUGCUGAAAGUUCUCCGUAUCCAAGGAAUGGAUUCUGUAGUGAACAUCGGCAAUGAGUUCUUUGGUGGCAUGAGAGCUUUUUCAUCAUUGACCGAGUUCUCUCUCAAAGAUUUUCCCAAGUUGGAAACCUGGAGCACCAAUCCGGUGGAAGCAUUCACUUGCUUGAACAAAUUAACUAUCAUCAACUGCCCAGUUUUGAUCACCAUGCCAUGGAUCUCUUCAACAUGUAGAGAUCAGAAACUGCCACCCAGUGAUGCUACGGUCAGUAGCACAGCUACGAUCAAUCUCCACUCUCAUUAUUGGCAAUUCUCCGGAGUUACUCUAUAUACCAAAAGCACUCAUAGAAAACAACUUGCUUCUCUCGUCUUUGACAAUUUCCUCCUGUCCCAAACUUCGUUCAUUGCCUGCAAAUGUUGGGCAACUCCAGAACUUGAAGUUUCUAAAAAUAGGCUGGUUUCAGGAGCUACACUCUUUGCCACAUGGUUUGACAAAUCUGACUUCUCUGGAGUCCUUGGAGAUUAUUGAGUGUCCUAAUUUAGUCUCCCUGCCAGAGCAAAGCCUAGAAGGAUUGAGUUCGCUGCGAUCACUCUCCAUUGAGAAUUGUCACAGCUUAACUUCUCUGCCGAGUCGGAUGCAACAUGCCACAGCCCUUGAACGCCUAACUAUUAUGUAUUGUUCAAAUCUGGUGUCUUUGCCAAUUGGCUUGCAACAUCUCUCUGCACUUAAAAGUCUAAGCAUUUUAAGCUGCACAGGGCUGGCAUCUCUGCCUGAGGGACUACAAUUUAUUACAACAUUGCAAAACCUGGAAUUUCACGACUGUCCAGAAGUCAUGGAAUUACCAGCAUGGGUGGAGAACCUGGUUUCACUUCGAUCUUUGACAAUCUCAGAUUGCCAAAACAUCUGUCCUGAACUCGAAAAACGAUGUCAGAGAGGGAACGGAGUGGAUUGGCAAAAAAUAUCUCACACACCGUAUAUUUAUGUUGGAUCAUCAACAUUGCAGCAGAGACGUGACACCUGCUAGCAGCUCUUCAACUUCAUAGGCACACCUCUUCCAGGUCCGAAACCAUUGAAAGGAUGCUCUUUAUCCAAAGCACCAAGAAUCCGUCCCACAAGGGGGUACUCUGCUCUGUCAUUUACUUGUAUUUGUAAAAUACAAAAUAAGG